AUGGAUAAACUAAUACGUCCUGUUUUUACUUUAGACCUUAACUAUAAAAUAGAACCUGGGUUAGUUACUAUUGCUAAAUAUGAUGGAACACAUCCAUGUGUUACUGCGGCUACUACAGCUGGAAAGGUUCUUAUUCAUAGCCCUCAUAGAAGAAAUGCAGUUACCACUGGACGAAUGAUAUGGUCGGAAUCAAAUAAGGAAAUAGCUACUUUGAACGUAAAUGAUUCUAUAACAGCUCUUUGCUCUGGACAGUUUCUACCAGAUAAUGAUAAGGAUAUACUUGUAAUAGGAACUUCUACAAAUGUCCUGGUUUACCAUGUUCACGAUAACAAGGAUGUGUUUUACAUGGAUUGUUCAGAUGGAGUAAAAUCUUUAGCAUUAGGAUCCUUCAGGGAUAUGAAAACUACAAUUUUAAUGGUGGGUGGUAAUUCCUCUGUUCAUGGAUAUAACCACAAGGGGGAAGAAGUAUUUUGGACUGCUGUAGGUGAUGUAGUUACAUCGAUGAUCUUAAUGGAUUAUAACAAAGACGGACUUAACGAGUUAAUUGUAAGCUCAGAAGAUUACAACAUAAGAGUAUUUAAAGAUAAAAUAUUAACAGAGCUAUCCGAAACAGAAGUGGUUACAAAUUUAACUGCUUUACCGGAAAACCGAUUUGCUUAUUCUGUAUCAAAUGGUACUGUGGGAGUUUAUGAGCAAGAAGUAAGAUUGUGGAGAGUUAAAUCUAAAAACUUUACUAUAUCGUUAAAAUGCUACGAUCUGCUUGGGCAAGGCAACAUGCAACUUAUUACUGGAUGGUCUAAUGGUAAAAUAGAUUGUAGGUCUAUAAAAACGGGUGAAGUAUUUUUUAAGGACAAUAUGAACCAUGGAUUGGCAGGUGUGGUCGAAGGGGACUACAGAUCUAAUGGAAAAACAGAUUUAAUAUGCAUUUCAGUAGAUGGAGAAGUCAAAGGAUAUACAACAACAAAGAUUAUGCCAACCAUUCCUGGUGUAACUAUGGAACAAGAUACUAUAAGAAUGUUAUUGGCACAAAAACAAUCAUUAAUGAUGGAACUAAAACAUUAUGAAAAUAACACAAAGUACAACGAAACUGUGACAAAUCAAACUGAAAGUUUUGAAAGCCAGGGAGUCAUACCAGCUAAUACUAGAUUGCAAAUUGCUAUAAACACUAAUGAAGGAAAACCUAAUGUCAAACCUCAUGUAGAAAUAUUCAUUGCAACCAACAACACAACAAUAAUAAGAGCGGUAAUGAUUUUCGCUGAAGGAAUUUUUAAGGGAGAGACACAUGUUGUACACCCACCCGCCUCACAACUGAAGUCUGAAGUUUCCGUGCCUUUAUACCUAUUAAAAGAUACACCCGUUGAUAUACACAUAAAAGCUUUAAUAGGCUUCCCAAACAGCAUUCAGUUUCACGUCUUUGAAGUAACAAGACAACUACCACGUUUUGCCAUGUACUCGCUUCAGAGAAAUAACUUCCCUGUGAAACCAAAAGAAUUUGUUGAAUUUCGAGUUAAUGAAAGAUUGCAGAGGAUUUGCAUGUGGAUAAAUCAAAAUUUCUUGUUUUCUUCAGAUGUUGAGUUCGAGUCUGGACCCAACUUGAUUUUAAACCUAAGGAACUUGCGAAAUAACCAAGAAAUUGUCUUGAUUUUUGAGAUUUCUGGUAAAGUUACUUUACACGCUGAAAACUUGGGUUUAGCUGCGGAUUUGGUGCAAUCUUUGGGGUCAUUUUUAAACUUAGAUAACUUGGAGUCCAAAGCCAAUUUUCCGAGCGAAGAAGAAAAUAUACAAAAUUUCAUGAAAAAACUACAAGAAAUCCAGGAUGCUCGCUUAAGACUUGGAACUGAUGUAGCAGAUCGUUUGGGACAAAUAAGAACAUUGGUGAUAAGAGCAGAAGAUGCUAGGUUAAAUGACUUAAAAGAGAUGCCCAAAUAUUACAAUGAACUUAUGGUUUUAAAUAAGGAAAUUAUAAAUGGCAAUAACAUAAGAUUGCAUAAUUAUAAUGAAGGUGUGGAAAGUAUGAAGAAGAUUAAUGCAAUAAUACAACAAGCGUCAAGAUUAAGAGGUAAUAUAUUUGUAGUGGAAUUAGAAAGUCGACUUUGA